AAAUCACAAAUCAAGCAAGUCCUCGCCUUCGCGACCGCGAUAAGAUCAAGCCGGCAAGGCAACGACUGGAUCGCGGCGUACGAAGAUCUCUGAAACUCCCAUCUUGCUCCUCCUUCGGCUCCGCUCCUACCCGAAACCAGUGAGGAAGGAUUCAGGUUAAACCCUGCUACCGAGCAGACCCGAAAAGCUCAGAGGGAAGGAACAAGAGCGAUUUAGGGGAACCAGAAAGAAAAAGGGAGGAAAAGUGGUUUUCAGGCGAUGGCUUUGAAGUUUCUGAACAAGAAAGGAUGGCAUACCGGGAGCCUUCGGAAUAUCGAGAACGUGUGGAAGGCGGAGCAGAAGCACGACGCCGAGCAGAAGAAACUCGAGGAGCUCCGCAAGCAGAUCCACGAGGAGCGCGAACGAUCCGAGUUCAAGCAGCUUCAAGAGGCUGCUGGCCUUGUCCCGCGGCAGGAGCGGUUGGAUUUUCUGUACGAGUCGGGGUUGGCGGUGGGGAAAGGGAGCUCCGAAGGAUUCAAGGCGCUCCAACCCCAGUCUUCAGGUGGCCCGUCAUCCAUUGCAGCGGAGUCUAGCUCCUCUAAGGCUGCUGUUCCUGGAGCUUUAUUUGAGGACAAACCUCAGUCUUCAAAUGAUGCAUGGAGGAAGCUGCAUUCUGACCCAUUGCUUCUCAUUCGACAAAGGGAGCAGGAGGCACUUGCUCGGAUAAAGAAUAACCCUAUCCGGAUGGCUAUGAUUAAGAAGUCUAUUGAUUCUGAGAAAAAGCAGCUGCAGGUAAAGAAGGAACACAAAAAGAAAAAGAAUAAACACAAGCAUGAUCAUAAUACCAAGUCAAAGGACAAAGCUUCAUCUAAAUCUCAAUCAGAUUCUGAAUAUUCCACCGAGCAUGAAGCUCAUCGGCAAAGACGACCACGAGAUUUGUUAUCCGAGUGGCAGCCGAACAGUGAUGCUAAGGAUAAAGAAGAUCGGAGAAAUGAAAAACAGGAUGAUAAUGAAAAACACGACAAACAUUCAUCCACAAUUCGUAGCCAUUCUAAGCAUUCUAACAAUGAUUCCAAUUCUGAUCGACAUAAACGCUCCGACCAUCGCCAUCACUGUUCCAGAGACCAUUCCGGUGACAAAUAUGCAGUUCAAAGCGAGCGAAAAGGGAGGAGGAAUGUUGACAGGGCAACAUCUGAUAAUUAUGAUUUGAGAAGAUCAAAUGAAGAGAUCCAUUCCCAAAGGCCAAACCAGAAUGGUGGAUAUAAUAAUCGGCGACGAACAGUUCCAAAGAUGACGGAGGAGGAGAGGGAAGCACGGCUAAGAGAGAUGCAAAUGAAUGCUGAGGUCCAUGAGGACCAGAGGUGGAAGAGGUUGAAGAAGGCAGCCGAGGCCGAUGUGUUGGAGGCAAAGCAGGCAACUUUUUCCGGAGGGAAAAGUUUCUUGGAUGCAACACAGAAGAGUGUUUAUGGAAUGGAGGAGGGAGGGUGCGCUACAAUCGAGGAGAGCGUGCGGCGUCGAACUUAUUAUUCUCAGGCUAACUCUGCGCAUGAAAGUAAUGCUUUCAGGAGAUGAACAUAUUCAUGUUUUGUAGCUAUCUCAUGGAUUCUCCACAAAGAUGAGCACUUUCAUAUGGAGUGCACGAGUGAUUUCAUGAUAAGUACCAGAACGGAAUCAAUUGUUCUGAAUUAGCAUGUUAUCAAAAUAAUCUUGUGAAGGGCAAAGUAUUCUAAAAUGUUUUCAUUUUUCUUAAGAGUUUGGUCGUUAAUAUUUA